AUGCACCCCGGGGCCCCCACCGCGCCUGGAGUCUCGGAGCCCAGCCCCCGGGAGCUGUGUGCCUUCGUGAGCAGGGCCGCCACCCACAUGCUGCGCGCCUUGCACCCCCGGAGGACCCGGCCCCCCAAAAGGAGGCCCAACCACAGGCGGUUCCUGCACAAUCAGAUCUGCAGGCAGUUCGCCAGGAUCGAGGCUGCCACCCAGCGCCUGGCCCUGUCCAUCCUGUCCCAGGAGGCGCCGCCCGCUCCCCGGAGACCGCCGCCCCGGAGGCCGCCCGCGCCGCCCCCGUCCCCCUUCCUGGGCGUGGCCCGCGCCGUGGCCCCCAGCGAGGCGCCCCAGGCCGGCCCCCGCCUGAGCCCGGCCGCGCUGGACGCCUCCAGCCUGGACCUCCUCCCGAGCAUCGCGCUCACCCCGGAGCCCGCAGACGGCCAGCCAGACCUCUGGCAGGGCCUGCCUCCCUGCCACCCCCUACCCCCGCCCCUGCCCCCGCCCCUGCCCGGCCUGGGCGGAGGGCCCGAGCUCCUGGCCCCCGAGGGCGCCUGGGCGGGCAGGUGGGAGGUGGCGCCUUGUGCUCUCCAAUCUCAGGGGGUCCCUGAGGGCUGGGGGGCCUGCUUCCCAUGA